AAAAACGAGAAAAUUUGCAGUGGAGAAAUCAGAAAAGAGACUUCUCCCCUGCAACAAAGUUUCCUAGAUAUAAAAGUUAUAGUGAAGCCGUCAAAUCAAAUCCAACCCAAAGAGGAGAAAGAAGGAAUUUCACACAGAACCCACAUGAAUUUAAUAGAGAAAGAGAAAGAUAUCAUCGAGAUGAAGGUGAAACGAGUAAAGAGGGUAGAGAACAAAGGAAAUAUUCACCAAAAAUACAGAGGAAGAGAUUAGAGAAGGGGCAGGAUUUACCACAUACUUCCAAUCAGAACCCCAUAUCUCCUUUUUUUCGGAGGGAUCCAGUCAAGGAAAGAUUGAAACAAACACAGCAGACCAGUAUAUGGGAAUCCCCAGGCAAGCGCAGAAGAUCGGUAACACAAGAAGGAGAACCCGAGGAAGGAGAAGAAACGAGAUACAGGGAGAAGAGAG